AUCAUUCGAAUGUAACGUCUCUCACAACACCUCCUCCUCUCCUCACCGCUUAUCUCUACAAUUAACAUGGCAAAAUCGACAACGGCGGCGUUAUCUCUGCUGCUUCCGGCGCCGCGGCGCUCCAAAAUCAGACCACCGCCGCCGCCCGAUCGCAUAGGAAAAACCAGAUUUUCGCGUACGACGGCGGCGGCGGCGGUGAGGUGCUGCUGCAUUGAAUUUGGGGUGGCGGAGGCGAUGAGGGAGGCGCAGCCGUAUUUUGUGGCGCAUCGGGGUAGUACUUUCGUGGUGGUGCUGGCCGCUCAAAUUGUUGAUGGCCCCCACUUGCCGUCUAUUCUUCGGGGGACCCACAAAUAUUCUUCAGGAGCGUAAAAAACGUGGUAUAUAGAUGAUAAAAAUACGUAUCUAAAUAAAAUUCCUUACUCACAUGUGAAUGAUGUAAUAAUAUCAGUUUAUUGGUUUUGUUAGUAAUUCAGUACUGUAGCUUUGCAGUUCGGUAAGUAAAUGAUUUAAUGAUUGGCUGCCGUCGCGAA